AAUAGCGAAUCAUUGAUGAGUCAUGUUUCCCGUGUUCAGCGCCUUUAUCCUCUUCAUACAGUCUGUUACCUCACAAACAAGCUUAUGGCAUUCAUCAACAAAAGGGAACAAGGUCAAUACAAGGACCCUGCCAAUCAUAUUGUUUGGAAACGGCCACCUAUAGAGGAGGUUCUGUCCAAGUUAACAAUUAAUUUCGUUAAGGUGCAUUCAAGACAUUGUGUUGACGAAGCUGAAUUAGCUGAACAUGUAGCUGGGCUGACUUACAGCUUAGCUUCUUGUCAGAUUAGGUGGUACAGGGAGCCUCCUUGUUCACCUCUACUUAAGUAAACAUUGUGGAAAUGAGACACUGAGCUGCAACAAGAGGAGCUACAAAUCCCAGAUUAGAAGCCCUGCUACGAGUCCCACAAAAGAAAAAGGGUGAAAAGAGCUGCACUAUCAAGCUUUUAGUUACAUUAGACAGCAGAACUGGUUUCUGCUUAAGUGCUUUCAAAAAAGAUAAAAAUUGAGAAACUUAAUUUAUGGAAUUGGUUUCUGGUUGAGUUGCAGUCGAACACCGUUCAGCCAAAUAUCUAGUACUCCCUCCGUUUCAAUUUAGACGAGGUAGUUUGACUUGGCACGGAGUUUAAGAA